AUGCAAAGUGUCUAUCCUAGAAUGUCAACUGUUCAAAAUAAUUCUUCAACUACAUUAUCUUUGGAUGAAGCUUAUUUGAUCGUACGUAAUACUAACUAUUCAAAUACUAUUGCAUUAUUCGGCAAUAAACUUAUAUGCGAAGACUGCAAUCUUGAAAAAAUGAUCGUAGUUAAACCGAUUCAAAAUUCUACUAUGAUUAUCAAUACAAAAUAUGGAUAUAAUUUUGAACUUCGAUUAUGGCCAUCUAACGUCUCUUUAUCAUGCAAGAUUGCAUCAUACAAAUUUGCCGAACAUGGUACAUAUAUACUUGCUAUUAUGGAAGUUAAACAAGAUACGUGUCUUUAUUCCAUAGAACAAAUUGGAAAUCCAAGCCAUUAUUGGACUCCUGUUAUCAUUGGUAUCCUGUUCGUAGUUUUUUAUACUAUAUUAGCUCAAAUCUGGCACCAUGUAUACCAUAGACAUUAUUUUUCUCAUCAUCAUUCGGAUGAUUCGCGUAAACAAUUUAUCAAUAAUAACCUUAAAGCAAACGUAUCAGCUUCAACAAUAAAUAUCGAACAAAAAGUUAUAAAUGAAACCAAUGAGGAUAUUAACAGCCCUACUACCAAUACUAGUGCAUUACCAUUGCCUGGUUCAACAUCUGUAUCUGGAGAUAGUACUCGUAUGAAAAAAGCUUUGCCAAAACGUCUUCGCGCUUUGGAUACUUUUCGAGGAUUCUCACUUAUGGUUAUGAUCUUUGUUAACUAUGGUGAUAUAUUGGGUAUUCUCACUGGAAUUCUUCUCUGUUAUCUUGGUGUUCAAGCUGGACAUUGUUUUAUUUAUUCUACUCGUGUACUUCGCAUUUGUGGUCAUUGGCUAGUCUUAGGUAUUAUUUGUGGUUCUAUUGCUUUGAUCUUAUCACGCGGUGGUCAUUCGAAUAGUUUGAUUCCAAUUAAUAAAAAUCUUUGGUCACUUACAUUUGUAUUGAUGUUAGCUAGUUUAGCUUUUAUUAUUCUAACUAUUCUUUAUUUUCUUAUCGAUGUUAAUCAAUGA